UAUACUUGUCAUAUUUUAUUUGACUUGAGUUUUUGUAUUUAUUUUUUUUUUCAUUAAACAAAAUUUAUUUCGUCUUUACUCCAACGAACUGUAACAAAAUUUUACGCAUAUGACUUUGGCAAAACCGAAAUAAUUAAAACAAAUAAUUUGUGCAAAAAUAUAAAAUUAAAGAAAAAAACAGUGAAAAUUUCAAAUAUCUCAAAAAAUAAUAUAAAAGACAUCACCCGUUAACAACAACAAGGCAGCAAUUUAGGUGGCCGCAAAUGGAUGUACAAGUCCAAAUAAGUGAAACCGGUUCACAUGCACAGUGCUGCAGCUGCUGCUGUUGGCGGCGUAACAGUGACCAGCCAGUUAACAGUUUUUUCAAAUCACAAGUUGGCAACGAGGCGAAUGGUCCGUACUCUUUCUGAUUUAUCGCUGGUGUUUUGCUACCUGGUUUGCGGUCACCAUGGGUUUCAGUCUGGAGUUGUUCUUCUUCAAUGGCAAAUGGUUUAUUUACUUCACCAAUUGGGGUUACAUACUCUGCACAUGCGUGGCGCUACUCAGUGCCAUACUGGUAACAGUCUACUGCUUCACAGCGCCAAAACCUGUCCGUGUUGGGUGGUGAAAUUGUACUGGUAUCUUCAUAUAUCCGCAUUUGUAUGUGCUACCGGUCUCUCAUUUCUCUAUUGGGCAUUCAUUUAUCCGUUUUCGAAUUUUAAAGUACCCGAAGGCAUACAUCGCAUCGAAAUUAUACGUCUGUAUCGGUACUUCUUCGAGGGACCCGACAAUCACAUCUGUCUUGCCUACUUCCACAACAUCAAUUCGCAUGCAAUCAAUUCGGUUUUGAUGAUUAUAGAUCAAGUUGUGGUCGCGUUUCCCACACGCAUGAUACACUUUAUUUUUCCAGCGCUUAUUGGCAUUAUAUAUCUGGCAUUUUCGGUAGUUUAUUAUCUGAUAGGUGGCGAGAAUGUCAUUGGCAAACCGUAUAUAUACAGAACACUAAAUUGGGGCGAAUUUCCGGAUUCAUCCGCUUUAUUCGCUUGUAGCGGUCUGCUGCUUGUGUUUCCAAUGUGCGUUUUAGCCUUUUUCAUUUACAAAAUACGCGUGUGGGUGAGUUCCAGUAAAUGUCUGUCGUGAAACUUAAUUUUAUUUUCAUAUUAAAAACGAAGAAAAAAAUGAAUUUCAUUAAUAUGUAUGCGCGCUACAUGAAAAAAUAAAGAGUACUAACUGUUAUACCAAAA